CAAGCAGAUUAUCUCGGGACAUGGAGUCGUGGAACAUGACUGAUGUGCCAGCAAGGACAUUCUCUCCUCUGUCCAACUGCACUGUGGACACCAGCUACCGCUUCACCUUCUAUCAAGCGUCCUACGGGGUCAUCUUCGUGCUGGGGCUGGCCACCAACAGCCUGGCCCUGCGCAGACUGUGCGCAUCUCCCCGCACCAUGAACAGCACGGCCAUCUACAUGCUCAGCCUGUCGGCCGCCGACUUGCUUUUUAUAGUCUCUCUGCCCCUGAGAAUCUACUACUACCACCACCAAAAGGCCAGAGCCUUGUCGUCCGAGGCGGCUGACCCGCCCACUUGGACGCAGGGAGCGGCAUACUGCCACCUCACUUUCUUCCUCAAAUACAUCAGCUUGUACGGGGGCAUCUUCUUCCUGGUGUGCAUCGCGGUGGACCGUUACUUUGCGGUGGUGCACCCGCUGGCCUCAACCCUCCGCAGGCUGCGCGUUGCCCGGCUGGUUAGCGGGGGGAGCUGGUGCCUGGUGCUGGGGCUCAGCGUGAGUCUGCCUCUGCUGCACUCGGCGGCCAGACGCCCACACCAGCCCUGCCUGCUGGACCCGUCCUCGCAGCGCCAACGCGCCAUCAUCCUGGCGGCCCUGGCCUUAGUCCAGGGGUCAUUUCUGCUGCCGACUGCGCUGCUUCUCUGCAGCUACGGCAGAGUGCUGGGAGUGCUGCGCAAGCAGGGGCAGCGCUCCCGCGGCCAGCGCCGCAGCCGGCGCCACGCUCUCACCAUCAUCUACUGGGUGCUGGGCAUCUUCGUGCUGUGCUUCGUGCCCUAUCACGUCAACCUGCUGGGAUACACCCUCACGCACGUGGGGCUUCUGCAGCACUGUGGCCUGGCCAAGGUGACCAAGGCUGUGCACCCCGUGAUGUUAUCACUAGCAAGCUGCAACUGCUGCCUCAACCCUCUCGUCUACUAUUUCUCAAGCAGCCGCAUGCACAGGGAGGCGCACGGCGGUGGGGGCAGCGGCAGCCAGUGACAGAUUUCGUUAUCAUUAUCUCAAGGGCUCUACACGCCUUUGUCCAACAAAUUCCAUACAAUUGACCAGGACUUUGUAUAUUUAUAUACAGUAUCCCAUAACCCAUACUGUGUGCACUUCUUAUGAAGGUAAACUGAGGGGAACUGUGUAAAUAGAGUAUCGGUAUUUUUGGCAGGAGUUUGUUGGUUGGUUGAGCCUCGGGUUCAGUACCACAAGAAGCACAUUGUCACUUACUCACUUGUUCAGCAUAAUAUGUCAGCAUGUGUUUGUGAAAUAUUUAAUAUAUUUAAUUAUUUAUUUUUUAAUAUAGUGAAUGUUGCAUUUGGGUGGAACCUAUUGCCUUGAGGUUUUAUGCCUCUGCUAGUCAAUCAAGUUGUCAUUUAUAUCCAUGUCAGUCAAAUUUUUUUAAGAAUUGGCAUGUGGAUUCCUGGGUAAUGGUCAAAAACAUGUUUUGUAAUGCUAAAUAUACCUGUGACUUACAAAGCUGAUUUUAAGUGAACAUUUGUGGCAGAUUUGAAGAAAUGUUGCUCCAGGCAUUACUGAGACAACAGGAACAGGACAGACAAACCCAACGGCAGCAGGCGACAGAUAACGAUCAGAUAACAAUGCUGAUGAAACCUGAUUGAGUUCUUAUGUUGGCAUCACAUGUAAAGUAUUUAAAUGAGGUAAUAAUACAUGCUGAUCUUUCUUUCUUCUCAACAGACAAUAAAUGCACGUCUCUUUGCAGAGUCUUGAUGCUCUGUAUACAUGAACCUCUUUGACAUGCUGUGACACUACUACUACUACUGUUGUGGUUG